AUGUCCUCACGAAGAAGGAAAUCCAGUCAUUAUCAUCGCUGCGAAAGUUGUCCCAACCGGGUCGCUGGCAUCGCGAUAUUCCAACAGCUCGUCCAACGGAAUACUGAUCAAGGGGCACAAAUUGGAAAUCUACAGGCUCACAAUGCUACGCUGCAAACAGAGUGGCUUGCACGUGGCGAACAACUCAAAGGGGUGGAAAAGGUGAACGCUGGUCUACAGACCGAAAUUGAGAAAUUGCGGCCAGCAUUAGCCGCCGAAAAGGGAAAGACACUUGAAGUUGACACCAAACUGGAGACAAUAAUCCAGGCCCUUACAGACGGCAAUGCUCAGCUGUUGCAUCGAUGUGGGCAGCUUGAGACCGAGAAUGCUCAACUGAAGGAAGCCCUUGAAGGAGACAAGGUUCGAUUGAAGAGCCAACGUGAGGCCCUUGAAGCUAACAAGGGUCAGCCGAAGGAUCAAAAUGAGGUCCUUGAAGAAGACAGGGCUCAGUUGAGGGGUCACAAUAGGGCCCUUGAAGGCGUCGAUGCUAGGCUGAAGGCUAGAAUCAGUGAACUUGAAAAGGCACCGAACGAAUCUGGUGAGGAGCUCUUAAAGACGCAACGGGAAUGCAACAGGCUUCAAGAGACUGCUCGUAACGGCGGGACAACCGAGCUUGCAAUUCAUUUUGGGAAUAUAACACCUCCCACAACACCCCGAAAAACACCUUGGCCUACUAUGCCGGGACAUUUUCCGGUGGAUGACAACCCACAACCGGAUGAGCAGGUCAUACCUCAGGAGUCCGCCAAGAAAGAUGUCAGAAGUUCAUCGCCGACUCCACAAAUGGAGACUGCUAGUCAAAAGUAA